UAUUUACGAUAUUUUGGGUAGUUUAGUAAUAGGUGGACAAGCUCAUCGAAGCGUUCCAUUUUUAUAAACCACAAAAAUAGUUUAAGUUGGAUAUGAUGCAGCUUGAAAGGGAAUAGUAAACCAGUAAUAGUGCAUGUUUCUGUUAGGUUAAGUUUGUAUUUACAGUUGCUGAAUGUGUCAGUCUAGGCUAAUAUAAAGAACAUCUAAAUUCGACGCGCACCGGGCUGGUAGCCGAGUAGCGAUUGGUGACCACAAGGGCAAUUAAGACUCAAUUUCCCAUGGUUCACCGAUGUUUCGUCUGCAGUGAUGUAGAGGGGGUUUGCAUGAGACAACGUAAAGUGUGCGUAUGCGUGCGGGUUGAGUUGUGUCUAUGUGUGUUUGUCUGAUCUAGCUCUCAUUGGGGCACGGAGCCGCCGCAUCCCACAUCGCAGUGGCAAGAGCAGCUGCAUCGCCGACUCGGGAUGGGCUGCAGCGGCGGAUAGGCGUCACCGACAUGCACGGACUAUCACUUGACUGCUGGUGAAACGCGAUCUAAAGGGGAUUUACGAGCGACAAAGUGUGUAUGAUUUCAUUCAUUCGUUACUGUCUGCGGCUAGCGCUUUCUUUUGUUUAUGAAAUUUCCGCAGCGGAGAUUCAACAAGGGGAGAGCAAAUAUGCGUACAGUAGGCACAGCAAAUACAGUCUUCCAUCGCGUGAUGCCUUAUGACAGCUGAUUUGAGUAAUCUUGUGCGCAAGGUUUCAGACUUUUGUUGUUGACAGCCCGGAAUCAAAGAAGAAAAUGUCCAAAACGAAGAAUUGUGAGACGGUGAAGGUGGUGGUACGGUGCCGUCCGCUCAACCAAAAGGAGGAGGCGGCUGCUUAUGAGAACGUCGUUGACAUGGAUGUAAAAUUGGGACAGCUCGCGCUGCGGAACCCUCGGGCCGCUCCGGCCGAGCUCCUCAAAUCCUUCACUUUCGACGCAGUCUAUGAUGCGAGAUCCAAGCAAAGUGAUCUGUACGACGAGACGGUACGGCCACUCAUAGACUCCGUUCUAGAAGGUUUCAAUGGAACGAUCUUCGCUUAUGGCCAGACUGGCACUGGGAAGACAUACACAAUGCAAGGCCAGUGGCAGGACCCAGAGAAACGCGGCAUCAUCCCCAACUCAUUCGAACACAUCUUCACACAUAUUUCUCGCUCACAGAACCAGCAGUACUUGGUGCGCGCCUCCUACCUAGAGAUAUACCAGGAAGAGAUCCGGGACCUUCUCGUCAAGGACCACAGCCGCAAACUGGAGCUGAAGGAGAACCCGGACUCGGGUAUCUACAUCCGUGACUUGUCCUCUUUGGUUACAAAGAAUGUCAAAGAGAUCGAGCACGUAAUGAACGUGGGCAACCAGACGCGCUCCAUUGGUUUCACAAACAUGAAUGAACACAGCUCCCGCUCGCAUGCCAUCUUUCUCAUCACGGUGGAGUGCAGCCAGAUGGGGCCUGAUGGGCAGAACCACAUCCGGGUUGGCAGGCUCAACCUGGUGGACCUGGCGGGCAGCGAGCGACAAGCCAAGACCGGCGUCCGGGGAGAGCGCUUAAAGGAGGCCACCAAGAUCAACCUGUCAUUGUCGGCGCUGGGAAACGUUAUCUCAGCGCUGGUGGAUGGGCGCAGUUCACAUGUCCCUUACCGCGACUCCAAACUAACGCGACUGCUUCAGGACUCCUUGGGCGGCAACGCCAAAACCCUGAUGGUGGCCACCCUCGGGCCGGCUGCCUACAACUACGAGGAGAGCCUCAGCACUCUACGCUACGCCAACCGCGCUAAAAACAUCCGCAACAAGCCGCGCGUCAAUGAGGACCCCAAAGAUGCUCUUCUUCGGGAAUUCCAAGAGGAGAUUGCCAGACUGAAGGCCCAGCUGGACAAGCGAGGGGUCUUGACAAAAGAGAAGAAAGAGAGAAGAAUGAGAGGCAUCACGGAGGAUGGGGAAUCAGAUGGAGAGUUGAAGGAUGAGGAGGAGGAUGAGGUGGAAGAGGUGGAAGAUGAUGAGGCCCGUGUGGUGAAGGAGGCCAAGGCCUAUGUGCAACAGCAACAGGAGAGGCUGGAGCAAGAGAAGGCCGACAUCAUGGAUGACCGCAGCCUAGUGGCUGAGGAGAAACACAGGCUUCUGGAGGAGAAGGAGAGGAUGAUGGGAGUUCUGCAGAAGGAGCAGGAGGCCGCUGAGCAGCUCACCACUAAAGUCAAGGCACUGGAGAGCAAGCUCUUGGUUGGUGGGAAGAACAUAAUCGAUCACACCAAUGAGCAGCAGAAGAUGCUGGAGCUGAAGAGGCAGGAGAUUACUGAACAGACUCGCACGGAGAGGGAGAUGCAGCAGCAGAUGCUGGCUCAGGAUGAGGAGACCCUGGAGCUCAGAGAAACCUUCUCCUCUCUGCAGCAGGAGGUGGAGCUCAAGACCAAGAAACUUAAAAAGUACAAAAAGUUGUAUGCAAAGCUGCAGGCAGUGAAGGCUGAGAUCCAAGAUGUGAAUGAUGAACAUGUGAGUACCAGGCAGGAGCUGGAGCAGACUCAGAAUGAGCUCACCAGAGACCUUAAAUUCAAAUACCUGAUCAUUGAGAACUUCAUCCCACCCGAGGAGAAGAACAAGAUCAUGAACCGACUGGUGUUCGACACCGAGGAGGACCAGUGGAAGUUCCAGCCCCUGGUUCCCUCAGAAAACAAAUACACUCAGAUGAAGAGGAGACCGGCCUCCGCAGUGGGCUACAAACGACCAAUCAGCCAGUACGCCAGGGUUGCCAUAGCGAUGGGCGCCCAUUCCAGAUAUAGGGCGGAGAAUAUCAUGAUCCUGGAGCUUGAUAUGACCCCACCCACAAUGUUCCAGCUAGAGUUCCCUAAGGCGGGGACAGAGGCGGAAACAAGCCGGGUGUUUCACCUGGAUAAUGCCAUCUACAGGGAGAGAUCCACUGCCCCCAGAGUCAGGAAGUCCCGCUCAUGGUGUCAGACUCCACAAGCGAUGUCCUCUUCUGGCUCUAAUCUCUCGCUGGCAUCCUCAGGGUCCCAUAGCUUGCCCCAUCCUCACAGCUCCACGGCAACCAAAGUCCACCAAUGAGAGGAGAGGAACCCCACCUCCUUUCUUUGCAACAUCGUCGAACCAGCGAGGAGUGAUUGUGAACAGUUUAUAACCUCUGAGGAAACAGAGUCACCUUAUGCUUUGUCGUGGUGUUAGGCAUCCACUGGAAUCAACUGAACAUUUCCUCUCUUUAUCAUUAGUCCAUUUCUACUACCCCCCACCACCCGUUCUGUCUCUCUCGCUUCCUCUCUGUUUCGCUCUUCUCCUCUGCUUCUUUCUCUUAGACCUGUGAUGACUUGAACAACCCUGUGGAACUGCCAGUGGACAUGUGCCUGAUGCAGCCCUUCAUGAUUCCACUAUAAUGACACAAGCAGCCACUUGUUUUGGGUUUUGUACAUAACUUCAUUUUUUUUAGAAGUCACAUCAUUACUCCUGUCAAAUCAAUAAUGUUUACCGGUAAAAGGGACCGCGUCCCAUAAACAGAUGCACCAACACCAGAAAUAUUCAGGUCCUUUCAAUGGCCUACAGCCAAGUGGAGGGUCAGCAAUGAAAAAACUACCAAAGUCCACCACUAGAGGAGCUGGAGUUCCCACUUUUAUUAAAACAAACAACUGAACUGCUUCCCCAACAUACAUGGAAUUAGGGGAGUACUGAUGACCAUUUCAGACAUUGGGGGAGUUGAGGUGUUACACUGGAGUCUAACACUGAACUCUGACUUUUCUGUGACCUCCAUCUGCCAGUGUAAUCCUCUGUAUUGUACAGAAAGGACCAAAAGAAGAAGGAUUUUGGAUUGUGGAUGACAAUUACCUCCCAAUCUCUCUCAACUCCUCUUUUUCUGUCUCUGUCUGUCUGUCUGUGUAUCUGUCCAUCUCCCUGUCUUUCUCUAUCUCUUUCUGCAUGUUUUCUGUGUCGUUGUGAAUCUGGUCUGAACUGGUUUUGUGAGUAGCUGGUUUGCUGUAUGACUACUGGCAGACAGUGAGUAUUUUAAUGGAGUUGGGGCUUAAACCUUUAAUAAUUGCUUAUCUUGAUGACAACUACUGACAGGAAAUGGGGUUUGGCAAUAUCAUUGAAAUGUGCAGUGGAACUAACAAUAACUCUUUGCUGAGCAUUAGGCAACAGCCAUACAGAAUAUCUUUGAGCUGACGCCCCCUGUUCUGUAAUUAAUGUACAUAAUGGAAAUGUUUUCUUGUCUUUUUUUGUUAUGAGCUCAUAUGGACAUUGUAUAUUCAAAUAUGUGUUAAAAUAUGAUUAGCGGCAUAAAAUUGCAGUUGGA